CGUUGCAAUUUCAUCUCCUCUCUAACACUCACCUUAUAUUAUUAUUACUAUUAUUUAUUCAUUCAUUAUCCAUAUAAAUAUCUAUUAAUUAAACCCUUUUCAUGUUCAUAUUUCAAUUCCCAUUUCAUCAAAUUAGGGUUUUAGAUACUAAAACCAAGUAAUAUAGAAUCAUCAUUCAUCAUUGUGUGUGAUGGAAAAUAUGCAGCAAACUCCUCAAAAAUUUCCAAUUGAAACUCCAACAAUGGAGCUUGAAUGCAAAACACCAACAACCCCUUCAAUUCAGCAUCAUAAACCCUCCAAUGAAUUGCGUAAACCUGUUACCCCAGAUCAUCUUAAACUUCCCAAAGCAUUCAAAUAUCCAGAAAGGUAUACAAGCCCAACAGAUAUGAUGAUGUCCCCAGUAACCAAAGGCCUACUUGCCAGAAAUAAAAAGGGUGGUGCACUGAUACCACCUGGAAUUGGAGCUAGUAAAUAUCAACCAAAGGUUCAAGAAAUGUGCUUGCAGGAUGUGAGUACUUUUCAAAACAAGCUUCCUAUGAUGAUUGAUGAGAAAUUCAACUCAACUUGAGGAAUUCAAUGACAUUUUGUUCUACAUGAUGAAAGUAUGUGACAGUGGUUCUCAAAGGGAGUUAAAAGAUGAUGAAGUAUCUUAAAGAACUAUAUGAUGAUGCUCUUCUGAUUUUUGUUCCUAAAUAGGCUUUUCUUAGCAAUACUCUGAUGUUAAAAAGUUUUGUACUUUGAGAUUCUAUAGAUGUUUGAUGAAACUUAUGUAAGGAUUCCAAUAAGAUCAUUUUAUUUUAACCUUCUA